UUGAGUCGGUAUAAGGAGCGCAAUACUAUUAUUAUUAACUUACAAAACAAUACAGCACCCAAAAACUCUUCUUGAACUAUCUGUUCUCCCAGAACCGAAGUGAAACCAGUUCUUGAUCUUGGCUUGUUGCUCUUUGUCUUAAAUGGAUAAAAGAGGCCAAGAAUCAAAGAACCCAGAAUCAGGAAAAGAGGAAAACAAUGAGAAAAAGAAGAAAAAGGGAAUGGAAAUAGAAGGGUACCGAGUGGAAGGAUUGUCAAUAGGAGGGCAUGAAACUUGCAUUAUUUUCCCUACUCUAAACUUAGCAUUUGAUAUCGGUCGAUGCCCACAACGUGCCCUUUCUCAAGACUUUCUCUUUAUCUCUCAUGGCCAUAUGGAUCACAUUGGUGGCCUGCCAAUGUAUGUUGCAACACGGGGUUUAUAUGGCAUGAAGCCCCCAACAAUUAUUGUACCUACUGCUAUAAAAGAUGAUGUUGAGAAACUCUUUGAGGUGCAUAGAAAGAUGGAUCAAUCAGAGCUAAAGCAUAAUUUGAUUGGCUUGGAUGUGGGAGAAGAGUUUUUCAUGAGAAGGGACCUAAAAGUAAAAGCUUUUAGGACUUACCAUGUCAUACCAAGCCAGGGUUAUGUAGUUUACUCCGUAAAACAAAAACUUAAAGAAGAGUAUCUUGGACUUUCUGGAAAUGAGAUCAAGAACUUGAAGUCGUCAGGUGUGGAGAUUACUUACACUACUACAGCACCAGAAGUUGCUUUUACUGGAGAUACAAUGUCUGACUUUAUAGUUGACAAAACUAAUAUUGAUGUUUUGAGGGCAAGGAUUCUUGUCGUCGAGAGCACAUUUGUUGAUAACUCAGUAUCAGUUGAGCAUGCAAGAGAUUAUGGGCACAUUCAUCUGUCUGAGAUUAUUGAUUAUGCGGACAAGUUUGAAAACAAAGCAAUUCUUUUGAUUCACUUCUCAGCUCGGUAUGCAUUAGAGAAUAUCCAGGAAGCAGUUUCUGCACUGCCUUCACCUCUGGCUGGCCGAGUUUUUGCACUUACAGAGGGUUUCUAAAGGAGUGGUGUUAAGACUAAAUCUCUUUUCUUCAUGUAUAUUGUGCAAGUGAAUCUAUGUGGUCCAUAAUUCUGGCUUAUUGUGGUUAAGAGUUAAUUUUUCUCAGAAUUCUAGUUAUAGACUUUAUAAUGAAGGCAUUAUGGAACUUUACAGUGCAUUAAUGUGCUUACUCAAAUUCGAUCAUUUGGUUUAGGAAAAUAACAUGACUGGGGCUAGCCAUGUCAAUGCCAGUUUCAUCAUUAUUGUUGAAUUCAUUCUUUUAAAAUAGUGAAAAGGAGAAAGAGCUCUGCACCUUUUCUCAUUCUGUGAAGCUGUUAGUGAAAAGAUGGCCUUGGUUUUACAAUUUCUUUAUUUUGCAAAAAUAGGUUUGAGGCCUCGGGCGUGUAUGGUUGCUAAAGAAUUGUUUUCAUUUUCACAAUACAAGAAACUAAAUGAAAUCGUAUUAUUUAUUCAAUUUGUUGUCAUUUAUUCAAACCGAAGCAGUAAUGCAUGCAUGCCUGGCUUCUCUAUUUGUUGUACUUUUUAUGUGGUAGACAGUUUUGACAAACACAUAAGCUAACAAAGCAACCAUAAGAUCUCAAAGGUUAAAUAUGAGCUAAUGAAAAUAGUAAAAAAAUAACUUUGGUUCAAUCCAAAGGCACAGAAGUCACAUUGACACAAAUAGAUUGGACAAAGCAGUGCAAAUGACAAGAAUAGAAUGUCACCGCAACAACACCACGAUUCCUAGUAUCUCCAGCUCUCAACUUUGCAAUUAAAUUUGCCAUCAAACAACAGAAUCUUGCAUCAAAUGCUAGGAAGCUAGCCACUCCCUAUAAAGAUUUAUUGAGUUCUUCAUGGAACUCUGGAUGCAACAUCAAUGAAGAGAUGUUCUCAUCCAAAACAAAUACGAGACAUUUCAAGGCAUCUUCAAGCUCAGGAACCCAAUUACAGGCCUUCAACCCCAAAGCAGAGGAAGCCUUCAUGGAAUGGCUGGAGGAAGUUCUCAUACUUUGUCAACCACUUCCCCAAGUGCCGAAUCAAAUUCACCGUCUCUUUACCACCUAACUUACCAAUUGAAGACGACAAUAUCACCUCAUCAACAUUAUUUGACGCUAACAAAUAAUGCAAACAAAGCUCGGCAUCCGAAAAUCCAUCAUGUGCAACCAUAAGCAAAAUUGAAGCCUCCUUGGCCCAACGCAAUUUCUUUCCAAGUCUUGCCUUCUCAACAGAGAGCAAAGCUUGACUCUCCAAUUCUUCCUCGCAUUAACCAUGCUAACAUAACCGUCUUUAGGUCGACAUAGAAAAUAUUUCAAUAUGCAAAGCAACUCAGACGAACCCAAAUUGCGAGCAUGUUUAAGACGAAGAGCAAAUCCGCCCUCAAGUUGGCAGCAACAUUUACAGCCAAAUUUGGAUAACAUGAAUGGUCAACAAGUCCGUUAACAAUCAAAGCCUCUAGCAAUUCCCAAAUUUCCAAAAUAAUACAAGCUUCCGAAACCAAACUUAAUACAUCUCUACCCAUCAAAAACCCAACUUUCUGAAGCAAAAUUUAAGUAUAACCACUACCAUUUGAAUCAACCCCAAUAAAAUUUCCACAUUUCUCCCCAAUUUUCUCUAGAAAUGGAUUCAAUAUUCCAAGAAAUUCUUGUUUAUCAAAGUUAUGGAUGUCUUUGAGCUUUCCGCUUAACUUGGUAUAGAACUUUUGCUCAAGUCAAUGAGUUUAACAUCGGUUGGAGAGAUUCCACAUCCAGUAAGGGGACUAACAAGCGAGGUGGGAUAUGAGUUUUCAACUUCAGGCUUCAAGUUCAGGAAAAUGCGAUCAGGGUUUAACAUUAUUGGGUGGUCUGCUUGGGAACAAAGUGGCUCAACAUUAGGUAAGGCCUUUGUUAUUACAUCGAGCAAGGUCAUUGUAAAUGCUAAGGAAACAAUCUCUUAAACAAACAAUGAAAGAGCAAAAACUUCAGAAUCAGCAACUAAAACCCCCCAACAAGCGAUCAAAAAGGCUACAGAGCAAGAAAAAUAAACCUAUCUUAAAGUGAAUCCUUGUAAAGAACAGGAUAGACGUAAGAUGGAGCAGGAUGUUGGGUGCCCUCAAAUCAGGGAAGAAGAGAGAACGACGGGUACCAAUGGGUUUUGAAAGAAAACA